AUGUCAUCCAUCUUUUCCUAUCUAAAAAAGAACCAAAAAAGGGAUAGUACAGAGGGGAAAUUCAAUCCAGAGGACGAUGAAACACUGAUUGAUGGGGCUUUAGCAGUUCCAUUUCAACAAAUACGGAAUUGUUAUCGAUUUAAUAACGAUUACACACAAUUAGAUAUCGAAAAUCGGUUUCACCAACUAAUGGAGCAACCUAAAUCACCGAAAAGAGUAUAUGAUUCAGUUCAGAAACCUGAAAUUCAAAUUCCAUGGGAUAUCGAAGAAGAUUAUUGGAUUUAUACAUUUAUAGCUAAUAGUAAUUCAUUAUCACCAGAACAGGUUUUUCAAUAUCGAUGCUCGAUUAUCAAUCCAAUUCGAUCUCGUAAAGAAGUCUUAGAAAGAAUUGAACAAAUAAGAUCCUAUUCGAAAGAAGACAUCGAUAAAUUACUGACUGAUAUGGCAAAACGAAUCGCUACUGAUAAAUUUAUAGUUGAAUCAUUACAAUCUCACGGAAAUGAGCUAAUAUUAUCACAUUAUAAAUGUAAGACACAUGAGGAACCAAAACUACCAUUUUCAAGGGAUUCUGAAAUACACGAAUUAGAAUCCUUAUUACCAAUGAUUACAACACCAUAUUUUAAUGGUUCUGAAUUAGCAAUUUUUCUAUCAGAAAAGGCUUAUUUUAGAAUGGUUAAUAGCCGCGUUUCAAUAGGUUAUCGACGGUAUUUAGCAGAUGUUAAUAUUGACUUGUCAAUUGUUAGCGAUACAGAUUGUACUCAUAUUUCUAGUAACCAAGCAAUCAUUUCAUUCCUUUGCGAUUAUCAAUUUUACAUUGAAAAUACUGGAUCAGCUAUUUUUCGUGUAAAUGGUACAAUAAUACCACCCAAUACAUGUGCACAUGUCCCUGAUUACGCAAUUCUUGAUUUUUGCGGAAUUUUAUUUACUUUUAUUACAAAUAAAGAAAAAGUGAAACAAGUAAAGCAAAAAUACGAAGAGUUACUUGAGAAAAAGCAGAUGCCGAACGAAUCUUUACAAUAUCAUAAGAAUUAUACAACAGUUGACUUAAUUAUUAAACAAUGCAAAGCUCCUGAUGGCACUGCCAUCAGUUCUGAAUUAUUGUGA